AAUGAAGUCUCUUAAGCAACAAAACUUAACCACCACCAUUAGCCACUUGGUGUUGUUGGGUUGAGAGAACGUUCUAGCUAAGGGUUUUUUGUCACACGUGAGAUUCUUAGGAAUGAAUGAUUGACACAGAAAUUCACUUAUUUAUUUCUAAGAAUUUAUUACUUAUUAUAUUGUAGUUGUUGUUGCUGUUGUCAGAUGUAUUCAUUUUUUAUUGGUUGAUUGGAUUAAUAUAUUAUUAUUUCUAGAUUGGUGUCAAUGUUUCAAUGAUAAGGAGGUUGGUUCUGUUUAGUUUAGACCAUAAAUCUCUUGGGAUUGGUUUUUUUGUCUCCGUGUUUUCAACCCCUUUCUGCUUCCCACGAGAGGCGCAGCUCAGCACCUUGUUCUCAAUGAUCAUUUAGUUCGUUGAGAGCACCAGCUUUGUGUCUCACUACUCAAGGCUAAUCCUUGUGAUGACUACCUAUAACUCAAGCGUAAGUUACAAAAGAGAGGGCUUUGCAACUUCAUUUUCAGGAGACCAGAAAUUUGUUAAUUGUGUUGAUCCACCUUCCCGUCCUGAUAAUGUGACUAUGUACGUAAGCCAAGCUUCUGGGUCAUACUCCGAGAUUUUGUCUUCUUUCGCACCUCACAACUAUGCUGGAAUACCAUCGACAGGAGUUAGAAAUGAAAUGAUAUUCAUUCCGCCAACAAGUGGUGCGGCAAGUUUGCCGUCCAUUGAUGGGCAAUUGAACACUGAAACUGGUAAUUCAUUUCAGAACUCUGUUAGUGGGGAUUCCAAGGUGAUCAGCGUUCAUGAUGGUGAACAGAAUUUUCAAUGUCAGGGAUUGUCUCUAAGCCUUGGCACAAAGAUGUCAUCUGUAGGUUCUUUGCCUUCAUUUCAGUACCAGUAUCCAAACCCUAAUUUCUCUUCGUUCUUGAGUUCACAUCUUCCAGUUUCAGGUAAGGGGACAUUAUGUUGCGAACGUGAUGAAAGUGAAAAAGGUAAGGAGUUGAGAAAUCCUGAUGGUUUGCUGUCUGAUUUUGAAACAGAGGCAUUUUAUAACACUCAGCACUCAAUAAACCAUAACGAACUGCAUUCUAGUAUGUAUCAGUAUGAACCAACAGGUUUCACAAACACUUCACUAAAAUCCAAAUACAUCAAAGCAGCACAAGAGUUGCUUGAUGAAGUGAUUAAUGUCCAAAAGGCUUUGAAGCGGUCUGAUUCAAAUAAAGAACAAAACUGUCAUGGGACAGGUUUAGAUGACUCCAAAGGGACCGAUGGGAAAUCUAGUAGUCGGUCAGUUACCAAUUCAUCUUCUGAGCUAUCACAUGCAGAACGACAGGAUCUGCAGAACAAGAAAACAAAACUUUUAUCCAUGUUGGAGGAGGUAGACAGAAAAUACAAACAAUAUUACCAUCAAAUGCAAAUUGUUGUUUCAUCAUUUGACAUGGUAGGUGGGCGUGGGGCAGCUAAAUCAUACACUGCACUCGCCCUCCAAACAAUUUCUCGCCACUUCCGCACUUUGCGUGAUGCAAUCAGUAAGCAGACUCAAGAGACUCGGAGAAGCCUUGGAGAGCAAGACACUUCUUCAAACUGUCAAGGAAGCAUACCUCGCCUCCGGUUCAUAGAUCAUCAGUUAAGACAACAGAGGGCUCUUCAACAGUUUGGUGCAAUGAGACAUGCUUGGAGACCUCAGAGAGGACUUCCUGAGAGCUCUGUUUCAAUCCUUCGUGCUUGGUUGUUUGAGCAUUUUCUUCAUCCGUACCCAAAUGAUUCAGACAAAAUCAAGCUAGCAAGACAAACGGGCUUGAGCAGAAACCAGGUUGCAAACUGGUUUAUCAAUGCACGAGUGCGUCUUUGGAAGCCCAUGGUUGAGGAGAUGUACAAAGAAGAGUUUGGUGAUCCAGAGGUGAAUUUUAAGACCUGUCAAGAUAAUGCCCCCAAAGCAUGUAGCGAGAACUCAUCAGCACCUGAAGAUAGAGGGGAAGAGUUGCGCGAAAGUCUGACAUCCACACAAGUACAUGAUCUUAAGUCUGAUGAUAUCCCCGAUGCUGAAAUGAACAAAUUCAUGUUAAGAUCAGUGUUUCAGAAUGGUGAAAAUGGGUUAAAUUCUGGGAUGAUGAGAUUACAGAAUGACCAAAGGCCUAACAUGGAUGACCACAGACUUUACGGAAGUAUCCCACUUAACCAGAAUAGUAAUAACAAUAAUGUUCUUAUCGGUGAUUCUGGCUCAUAUGGUAUAUCAGAAUUGAGUGGUCUUGCAGUCAGCAAUCAAGUUUCACUUGCAUUGGGCUUAAGGCAUCAUGAAAGUGAUGUAUUUCCCCCCAUAUCUACUGGGACUCAAAUUGGAGGUAAUGACACGAUUGAUUCUCCUGUAGGGCAUCAUGACACAGUAGAUUAUCAUUGCAUGGAUAUGGGGAAUAAUCAGCAAGAUAGGUUCAGCAAUCCUCAUCUAUUACAUGAUUUUGUAGUAUGAAACAUUGCCUUUGCUUGCACCAAAAACAGAAAUAGUGUGGCGUUUAUAUUA